UAUGAUCCUUUUGCAGAACACCGUCCUCAAAAGAUUGCAGAUCGGGAAGAUGAGUACAAGAAGCACAGGCGGAUGAUGAUAAUUUCCCCUGAGCGUCUUGAUCCUUUUGCAGAUGGUAGAAGGACAAGAAAAUAAUGAGCCAUUGCCAUAGAAACACAAAGGGUUAAAGGUUUCUCUUUUCAUUUUGUUUUGGGUUGUGCAUUAUACUUUGAACAGCUUGUGUAUUGAGUGCUCAAAUUCUUUCAGUACCUUGAAAGUUUUCAUUCCAAAUCAUAGAUUUACAGGGUUACUGCUUUUGAAAUGCUAGUUCUCAAAAUAGAGCACCUUAUUCUUACCAUCCUAUGUAAACUUAGGUGGUAUAGCUAAAAGAAACAAAAGCAUAUAUAAGACUUUGAUACUAUUAAUAGUUCAAGUCUGUUCUGAUAAUUUUAGAAUGCAAGUCAGGAAAAGGGGUAUUAGUGGGUCUGACAGAAACUUUCUUCAGGUGAGUGAGUUUCACGUGUGGCAGUAAGGUGCCUGUUGGCUUAAAAAUGGUAGCUAUUUUGCAGGUUUUACAAAUGAGAAUUUCAGCCUGCAUGAAUUAAUAGGGAUAUUAAUUAUUUUACUUGCUUAAUUGUAAUUGAUAUAAACAUGUAUUGUCAGCAUUCACAGGCCCAUACUAACUGUCCUUAAUUUCUUUCCUACAGCAGUACUGCUAUAUGCCAGUCCUGUCUGCAUUCUUAAGGGUGCAGUUCAACACAUCCUGUGUAGAUUAUGGUGAAAAAGUAUUCCAAAGGAAAGUCCUAUCAAAGCUAGUGUCAGAAUGACACAGCCAAUUGGGCAAUGAUCUUCAGCAUAGAAAUGUUAAAGAAGUUUAUUUUUUUCCCUAAAUUAUAAUGCUAUACCACUUGUAUAGCAAACCUGCACAUUUUUCUUAAAGAAAAGUGUUUUUCUUGACAAGUCUCAUUUUUAUAAAGUUGGGCUUCUUGUAAGGUAUUUAAAAGCUUAAUUAACGCAAGAUACACAGCAUAAACCAACAUAUGGUAUACAAAACCCAUUACCUGUGAGUAUCAUUGUGGUGGUGUAUGUACUGUAUUGCAUUCAGCUCCCAAUCACAGUUGUACCUUGAGAAGACAAGAGGGGGAAAAUGUCAUCAAACAGUUUUUUGGGGUGUUUUGGUUUGGUUUGGUUUGAUUUUUUAAAUGAAGCCCUUUUACAAUAUGACACUAGAAGAUCUGGGAGACGUGUCCAAAUUUGUCAAACUUAUAAAUGGGUCUAUAUGAUAAAACAUUUUGAACAUUACUUAGGUAUGCAGUAGUUAUUUAUAGUCAGAUUACUAGGAUUUAACAGCUUACACAAGGUAAUGUUUUGAAUAUAAAUAUCUUUCCAAAGUGUUACUAAUGGUAAAGAGAUAAUUUUCUAGGCUUCUAUUCUGCUGCUUGAAGUCAGAACUGCUGAUGGAGACAAAGGCACGAAAGUGUACGUAUUCCGGAUUAGCAACCCAGGAACCCAUCACUUCUGAAGACUCUUAACUGUGUUGUCAUUUUAUCAUUUAUAUCGGCUUUAAAAUAUUUGUUUGAAACUGCAGUAGUUAUGUUUGUGUUCAAACAGGUUAAAUUGAUCAGCAAACUGAAUAAACGUAAGAUACAUGUAAUUUUUAAAAUUUUCAAUCAAAAAGUAAAAUUAAAUGAUCAUGGAAUAAUAUAAUAUUAGAGCAGGACAAUAGAAAAAGUCAGCGGUUUCUGCUUAUCCUGUACUCAUUGUGCUCUAUUCCUGUUGCUGUUCUCUUCUGCAGGAGGGAAGACACCAGAUCCUAAAAUGAAUGCCAGAACAUACAUGGAUGUUAUGCGCGAACAGCAUUUAACAAAGGAAGAGAGGGAAAUUAGGCAACAGCUAGCUGAAAAAGCUAAAGCUGGAGAGCUUAAAGUCGUCAAUGGAGCCGCGUCUCAGCCACCUUCAAAACGCAAGCGGCGUUGGGAUCAGACAGCUGAUCAGACUCCUGGUGCUACACCUAAAAAGUUAUCCAGUUGGGAUCAAGCAGAGACUCCUGGACAUACACCAUCUCUGCGAUGGGAUGAAACUCCGGGCCGUGCAAAGGGUAGUGAAACUCCUGGUGCCACACCAGGCUCAAAAAUAUGGGAUCCGACUCCCAGUCAUACACCAGCAGGAGCUGCAACACCUGGACGGGACACGCCCGGUCACGCCACACCAGGCCACGGAGGUGCCACUUCCAGUGCACGUAAAAAUCGAUGGGAUGAAACGCCUAAAACAGAAAGAGAUACUCCGGGACAUGGCAGCGGAUGGGCUGAGACGCCUCGUACGGAUAGAGGUGGUGACUCCAUUGGUGAGACGCCAACCCCAGGAGCAAGUAAAAGAAAGUCGCGAUGGGAUGAAACACCUGCUAGCCAGAUGGGUGGCAGCACUCCUGUUCUGACACCUGGCAAAACACCCAUUGGUACACCAGCUAUGAACAUGGCAACUCCUACACCAGGUCAUAUCAUGAGCAUGACUCCUGAACAGCUGCAGGCUUGGCGCUGGGAAAGGGAAAUUGAUGAGAGAAACAGACCACUUUCUGAUGAAGAAUUGGAUGCUAUGUUUCCAGAAGGAUAUAAGGUUCUUCCCCCACCAGCUGGGUAUGUACCUAUUCGUACUCCAGCUCGCAAGCUUACAGCAACUCCAACACCUUUGGGUGGUAUGACUGGAUUCCACAUGCAGACAGAAGACAGAACUAUGAAGAGUGUUAAUGACCAGCCAUCUGGCAAUCUUCCAUUCCUAAAACCAGACGAUAUCCAAUACUUUGAUAAACUGCUGGUUGAUGUUGAUGAAUCAACUUUGAGUCCUGAAGAACAGAAGGAGAGAAAAAUAAUGAAAUUACUUCUGAAAAUAAAGAAUGGCACACCUCCCAUGAGAAAGGCUGCAUUGCGACAAAUUACUGAUAAAGCACGGGAGUUUGGAGCAGGGCCAUUGUUUAAUCAGAUUCUGCCUCUGCUGAUGUCACCGACACUUGAAGAUCAGGAGCGUCACUUGCUUGUCAAAGUCAUCGACAGAAUUCUUUACAAACUGGAUGAUUUGGUCCGACCAUACGUACACAAGAUCCUUGUCGUUAUUGAACCACUGCUGAUUGAUGAAGACUACUAUGCUAGAGUGGAAGGCAGAGAAAUUAUUUCAAACUUGGCUAAGGCUGCUGGCUUGGCGACAAUGAUCUCCACAAUGCGACCUGAUAUCGACAAUAUGGAUGAAUAUGUCCGAAAUACAACAGCUCGAGCCUUUGCUGUUGUUGCUUCUGCUUUGGGCAUUCCUUCUCUGUUGCCCUUCCUGAAAGCUGUCUGUAAAAGCAAAAAAUCCUGGCAGGCUAGGCAUACCGGCAUCAAGAUUGUUCAGCAGAUUGCUAUCCUUAUGGGUUGUGCUAUAUUGCCUCAUCUCAGGAGCUUGGUUGAAAUUAUUGAACACGGUCUGGUGGAUGAGCAGCAGAAAGUUCGCACCAUCAGUGCUUUGGCUAUUGCUGCUUUGGCAGAGGCAGCCACUCCCUAUGGUAUUGAGUCAUUUGAUUCUGUUCUGAAGCCUUUAUGGAAGGGUAUACGUCAACACAGAGGAAAGGGUUUGGCUGCCUUUUUGAAGGCUAUUGGUUACCUGAUUCCACUCAUGGAUGCUGAGUAUGCAAACUAUUAUACCAGAGAAGUCAUGCUAAUCCUUAUCAGGGAGUUCCAGUCUCCUGAUGAAGAGAUGAAAAAAAUUGUGUUGAAGGUGGUAAAGCAGUGCUGUGGUACGGAUGGUGUUGAAGCAAACUACAUUAAAACAGAAAUCUUGCCCCCUUUUUUCAAACACUUCUGGCAGCACAGAAUGGCAUUGGACAGAAGAAAUUACAGACAGUUGGUUGAUACAACUGUGGAGCUGGCAAAUAAAGUUGGAGCAGCAGAAAUUAUUUCCAGGAUUGUGGAUGAUCUGAAAGAUGAGGCUGAGCAGUACAGAAAAAUGGUCAUGGAAACAAUUGAGAAGAUAAUGGGAAAUCUGGGGGCAGCAGACAUUGAUCAUAAACUGGAAGAACAACUUAUUGAUGGCAUCUUGUACGCCUUUCAGGAGCAGACCACGGAGGAUUCUGUGAUGCUGAAUGGUUUUGGCACAGUAGUUAAUGCUCUAGGCAAAAGAGUGAAACCCUACUUACCACAGAUCUGUGGUACAGUCUUGUGGCGUCUGAACAACAAAUCAGCUAAAGUUAGGCAGCAGGCUGCUGACCUGAUCUCUCGUACUGCAGUUGUCAUGAAGACUUGUCAAGAGGAAAAACUGAUGGGACACUUGGGUGUUGUGUUGUAUGAGUACCUGGGCGAAGAAUAUCCUGAAGUACUGGGCAGCAUCCUCGGAGCACUUAAAGCUAUUGUGAAUGUUAUAGGAAUGCACAAGAUGACGCCACCAAUCAAAGAUCUCCUGCCACGGCUUACACCUAUUUUGAAGAACAGACAUGAGAAAGUACAGGAGAACUGUAUUGAUCUUGUGGGGCGCAUUGCAGACCGAGGUGCAGAAUAUGUUUCUGCAAGAGAAUGGAUGAGGAUCUGCUUUGAACUGCUUGAAUUAUUAAAAGCUCACAAGAAAGCUAUCCGGAGAGCCACAGUGAACACUUUUGGUUAUAUUGCAAAAGCAAUUGGACCCCACGAUGUAUUGGCCACACUGCUGAACAACUUGAAAGUACAGGAAAGGCAGAACAGAGUAUGUACUACAGUAGCAAUUGCUAUUGUAGCUGAAACAUGCUCACCUUUCACAGUGCUGCCUGCGCUCAUGAAUGAAUACAGAGUUCCAGAACUGAAUGUCCAGAAUGGUGUGUUAAAAUCUCUUUCUUUCCUGUUUGAAUACAUUGGAGAGAUGGGAAAAGAUUACAUUUACGCAGUUACACCACUGCUUGAAGAUGCAUUAAUGGACAGGGAUCUUGUGCACAGACAAACAGCCAGUGCUGUGGUGCAACAUAUGUCGCUUGGUGUUUAUGGGUUUGGCUGUGAAGAUUCUCUUAAUCACUUGUUAAAUUAUGUGUGGCCUAAUGUGUUUGAAACCUCUCCUCACGUCAUUCAGGCAGUUAUGGGGGCUCUGGAGGGCCUCAGAGUUGCUAUCGGUCCCUGCAGAAUGUUGCAGUAUUGUUUACAGGGUUUGUUUCACCCUGCCAGGAAAGUCAGAGAUGUUUAUUGGAAGAUCUAUAAUUCGAUCUACAUAGGAUCACAAGAUGCUCUGAUAGCACAUUAUCCAAGGAUCUAUAAUGAUGAAAAGAACACCUAUAUUCGUUACGAACUUGAUUACAUCUUAUAAUCUUCUUGUUCAGUUGUUUGUGUUUAAUGCACAGCUGUUCUUCAAUUAAAUGCUUCAGAUUUGAUGAUGUAAAAUUUUAAAAUAUUGGAGAUCAGUAUAGAGCUGGUCAGAGGCAGAGCUAGGUAUCCAGUAGCAUGAUUUUUUAAAUAUGUCCUUGUUUUUUGAUGUUAAACAGUUAAAGCCAGUAGUGACCAAGAAAACAGUGAUUACCAUGUACUGGAGGGAUUUCAUUUUGGAUUCAUCUUUAUGAAGAUUUAGAUUUCAUUCCUUGUGUUUAAAGGGGAAGUUUAUUUGAGAAAUAAACAUUUGUGUAUAAAAACUAAUUUGUGUGUCGUUUUUGGACAGAGGGCCUUGUAAAACGAGUCCCUUUGGAUUAAGUAUUUGUUCAUGUAAUAAAUAGGUGGCAUAAAACAUUUUCACCCUUUUUGUCAUCCUCUAGCUUUUGAAUAAAUAAGAAAAAUGUACAAACUGUA